AUGUGUCUCUCCCUGUUGGCGCAGGUCAUGGAAAGUACCGCCCGUUCUUCUGAGCUCUACAUCAUGGCCAUGCUCACGAUAGGUGGCCAUAUACUCCUCGUACCCAUCUAUGCCUGGAGGGUGAUUACAUGUUGCAACAGCAGUUGGGGUGCUCUGCAUCACUCGCAGAGUCAACGCAUCCCACGUGUGCUGCGCGUGGUGGAUUUUGUAACCGUCGUCGUUGCUUCCAGCGUGGCAGUUUGGCUAUUUGCUGUGCGUUUGCCGGAGCCAGGCAUGUUCUGCAACGAGUAUGGGUUUCUGUUCGGGAAAGCGUCCAUGAGGGAUUGGUCCUUUGCUGUGUCGAAUACUGCCCUGUACAUUUGUAUCUUGGUGGUAUGCGUGGCUCUGGUGCUGCUCAGAUGGGUAUGCCUGCUUCAUAAAGUAAACAGCCGGCGUUACUCGCGCCUGAAAGAGAGAUGUCGACGAACCAGCCACGCGCGUUAUUUGGCCUCUGUUCGCGUCUUGUCGGAUACCGUCGUGUGGGCCAUGCUUAUUGCGACCAUCGAAAUGACAAUCGUAUACAACGACUUGGGGGCAGCGCAGGACUUUGGUGCAGCGGCCCAGCUUUUUGCUUUCUCGGCCACCCUCGUGACGAUUGUUCGAGCCUGGUGGCUGCGCUUCAAUGCCGACGGUGAAGGUAGCAGCGAACGCGUUGCCCAGUAUUACAGAUGGCCGGGAACAUAUGAGGAAUGGGCUGCCGCUCGGGAGAACAUGCACGAAUAUCAGCAGGCCAUGGACGCGGCGAGGGACAACGAAAGGCUGCUGCGGCAAUGGAGGCGCCAAGUGCGCAAAGCCUAUAGAGCUAACUACCAGGGCUUCGAGUCGUAG